AUUGGUCAUUCCGAUUAGAAAAAGUCGGUUUAAAACAUUUUUUAAACUAAGUUAGGUGCUGUUAUGAAAUGGUAUAAAAUAUUGUUUCUGGAAGAAUAUUUUUAACAACGUUUUUAGUUUCUGAAUUUUAUUAUACACUGAUAUGACCUCAGAAUACUCAUUUCGAUAACUAAAAUGAAAUACAAUUCAAGACUAAAAAAAACAAAUAGCUAUACUAUAGAUAAAUUGGUAAACAAGUGUUAUAUAAUAAUAUAAUCACAACUGCAGUCAACAGGCAACAGCAAAUAACAAUCAAUUAUUAUCAGUUAUGACCGGUACUGCAUAAUGGAAAACAAAUUAGUUCUAUUAUUAUAGGCAAUCGGUAUUUUGUGACUUAUAGCGUCAUCAUACCACUUAAUAAGGUUGGUUGUUAUUAUCAAUUAUAUCACAUCGACACUAGUAGGUACAGUGAAUAAUAGUAUACACUAUAUAGUCCUCCAAGUAAUCGGUAUAUCCAUAUAAUAUAUUGCUAUGGUUAAAGCUAUCCGCUUCACAUAAAUAGUCUGCACUCAACAAAAAUUACUCAGAAAAAAGAAACAUGUCUGUCAGCGAUUACUUGAUGAAAAGCAUUGAAGGGAAGAAGUACGAAAUCGUUAAAAAUAAUGAACAUUUUGAAUGGGUGAAUGAUUGUGAAAACACCAUUAACAAACUGACAGCUGAAAUUUUCGACACUUUAGGGGUAAAAGAUGAAAACGAAUUGAACGCGUCGAUAAAACACCUUGAUAAACAUCAAGAACAUGUAAUACAAUCGUUAUCUAACUAUGCUAAAGAUCUGGAAAACAGUGAUAUUGCCAACGACAAUUCAAAAAAAUUUAUCAACGAUUGGGCCGAAGGUGUUAAAUUUCAAAUUUCUAAAAAAUAUCACCUAAUAGGAGGUCCAAGUGAUAAAAAAAUCCGCAGGGCUUUCGAAUCAACCAUGCCUCACUUUAUAGUGUGUUCCACGACUUUGGCCGACAUGACUAAUAAUAGUGAAUACAAAAUUGCUGUUUCGAAUUUUUCAAAAGUUGUCAUUCUCAACAUGAUCACUUGUCUACAAGAGCUAAAAUUGUACAGUACAGUUCUACAGUUGUACAUAAUGUAUAUACAACAGAAUAAUAUGGCAAACGCGUGUGAACGGCUAGGAGAAUACUGUGAAGGAUGGUCUUAUUUCCAAGCAAAAAGAGUCAAACAUUUUGAAUGGAUAAAGGAUUAUGAAAGUUCUAUAAAAAAACUUACCACGGAAGUUUUCGACACGUUGGGAGUAACAGACGAAUCAGCAUUAAACGCAUCGGUAAAAAGAAUAGAACAACAACAAGAAUACUUAAAAAAUUCUACAGCCACUUAUGCAAAGAAACUCGCAGUCUGUGAUCUAGCCAAUGAAGCGGCCAGACAUUUCAUCAAUGAAUGGGCCGAGUGUACGGUGAUUCAGACUGAAGAAAAAAAAUACUAUCAAUUAGACGGAUUGAGUGCAAGUAAAGUUCGAUGGUGUUUCGAAAUUACCAUCACGUACUUUACUAUAUGUGCCACAUUUUUGGCUAAUAUGAACGAUAAUAGUGAAUUCAAAAUUGGUGUAUCCAAUUUUGCAAAAGAUGUUAUUCAAAAUUUAAUUGACUCGCUUCAAGGUCUCAAGAAUGACAUAGAAGCUCUUCGAAAUAAAACAAACGAAUAAAAAAUCUAUGUACGACCAACAAAAUAUUAUACCAUCCUUAUAAUUAUAUUACUAGAAUACCUACUCCAUUUAAAAUUUAAAAUUUAUAUAUUUUUAAGCUAUUUUAAAAUGAAAAUCGUCCUAAUUAUUUAAAAAAAAAAUAUUGUUUUUUAUUUUCAAUUCAUCGUAGCUGUUUGCAUUUUCAGUGGCUAUGGUAGCGUUGCUGUAAAUCUUUCAUGAGGCGUGAUGGCUUUUCGCAAAUAGGUGUCUUGUUUUACAAUUAAAGGGGUUACUAGCUGUAGGAGUUCUAAGUAUGUAUUUUUGUCCAUUCUUAAAUAAUUAUGCCAGUCUUCUGGAUGAAAUCUUAACUCAUUUAAUAAAUUAAUAUGCGAAUACUUCAAUCUCUUUUCAUAAUAAAUAUUCUCUUUUCAAAAGCCAUUCUUUUGCCCAUUUUCUUUUUCUUUUAUUAUUGGUUUUUAUCAUCUUCAACAUGGCUGCUAUAGCUAAAGAUGUGCUAAAACGGAAAAUUUGGUUCACCGUGAAAUAAGACCGUAGUGUGUGGCCACAUAAACACGUCCUGUUAAUUAUCGUUGUCUGAAUGAAAAUCGAUUGUUAUUUAACUACAAGACUUGACCGUAAUAAAUCAGAGUUUAUGAAACUUUGUUUUAUAUUGAUGAAGAAAAACAGAAAUGGAGUUUCUGAUGUUCUUUUAAUAGCUAAGAAUAUAAUUAUAAAAUAAUACGCAUAGGAAAUAUUUAAAUAUUGUUUUGUUGGACUUAGAACUGUAAAUGUAAUGUUUUUGAACUGCUAUUGAAGACAUAACUUUUAUCACUGAAUUCCAACGAGUCUAUUUAAUCAUUUACUCUUGUAUUAUAAUAUUUACUAUGCUUAAACAAAGCUGGGUUGCUGCGUUCUAUGAUUUUCUUCGAGGUAUCAUUAAUGGAAUCAAAUAACAUUACGAGUGAUCUGUAUGUGACCACGUUGUGGCUGCAAUAAAAUUAUUUGAAUCUGAUUUUUUUUUUUUGUGUUCGAGGAGAGGAUCUCCUAAUAUUUGAUUAAUUCAUGUAUGCCACUUGCCAGCUGUUGCAUUUAAUAAAAAUAUAGAAUGUUAUCGCGUUGCUUGAAGCAUUGAUAAAUGCAGUACACAAUAAUCAUUUGGGUAGUCAAAUGGGAGAUAAUUUUAUCUGACUAUGGUCAAUGUUACACAAUUGGUUGUUGGUGGAUGGUCGGGCAGAGGUAUAAUGCAGCUAGAAGUGGGAAAAGAUCAGCGUUAACUUGAUGACCUUAUAUUAUGUUAGAUGACGACACAAUCCACAGUCAGCUAACCGCACCAGUAGUUGAAUAAAUAACAAUAGUUCAAAGUGUGAACACAUGUUAUAUAAUCUAAAAAAAAAACGAAUUAUUGUAUUAUAAUAUAUUACAUUGGACUAUAAAUAUUCUGUGUUUAAUGUAAAUUGUUUAUUAUCACCAAUGGACUUCAUUCUGUGAGACUAAAGGAAGAUCAUCAUUAUUAUUGUUAUUAAACAUUUGAUAGAAUUUAUUCUUAUUUAAAAAUAAAAUUUUAAUUGUAAUUAAAUAGUUAUGACCUAAAACUAAAAGUUAAAAUAAAAAUUUUGUGGCAGUUGAUUUAUUUGUUUUUGAUUUUGUUCAAUCGUAUACAAAUUUAAUAAUAAAACCAUGUUUCCUGCAUGUGAACGUGUUCACAAAGCUUUGGGUGAUUUGACAUAUGACCAAGCAAAA